CGGACGCCGCCACCGUCCCCGCCGCCGCCGCCGCCUCGGACGCGAGAGAAGAAAUGUCUCACACAGGACCCCUCUCCAGGGACGUCUUUUUGAGCACCUUCCUGCAGGAGCAUGGCCCGGAGGUUCUGGACGUUCCUGGCAUGACCGAUCUCGCGGAGUACUAUGAUCCUGGGCCCUCCCCUAACGGCAACAGCCCCGACGACGUGGCCAUGCGGCUGGCCUUCAUUGGGGACGAGAUGGAAGUGAGGUGGAUGGUGCCCCGCGUUGGCGAGCUGCCCGGGAUGGCCGUGUACAGCUUGGCCUUCACCUACGGCCAGACGGGCCUGAGAGGUGUCCUCAGGAGUCUCAUGGAAGGUCUCGCCAACCUCAGGGAGAACAUCCGCAUCUGGAGCUUCCUGACCCUCAGGAACAGGGUGGCCCCCAACGCGGGACGCGGGCUGGCGCUGUCCCUGCUGCUGCUGGUGCUGCUGCUCGGCUGGGGGCUGCACCUCCUCCAGUGACCCCCUGCUGCUGCUCAGUGUGGGGGCGGGGCUGGCCCCGCCCCCCUGACCUGACCACCACCCUGGAGGUGGCCUCAGUUGGUUUUGUUGUCUUUUUAACAGUUUUCUGAUGAUCCUUUUUUUUUUUUUUUUUUUUAUUUAAACUCUGAGUGCUGGGACACUACUGAGGUUUCAUACUAGUUUGUUCUUUUUCUUUUUUGUAAGAGAAAUGAAUUCCUUAUACCUCUGGGGUCGUUACUGGGUAACUGCCCGCGCCAAGGCUCUCCUGGCCCCAUGCCGAGCAGUGGCCGGUCCCCGGAAGGAGCCUUCCUGUCCCAGGUCGGUCAUCCGGCGGGCAGCGGGGGGAGUGCUGGCCGCACCCCCGUGUCUGUGAUGCCCGCGGCAAAGAGAAAAUCUGCUGGACUAGAUUUCUGAGGGGUAGGAGAGCUCAAUAAAAUGUUGGUUUCC